ACAUCACACUCGGUGCCUAUAAAAGGCUCAGCCGGAUGAAACCGGUAUCAUUUGACUGAUCUGAACGCUUGCCUUUGGUUGACUCCGAACGCUACUGUACAGAUUAUCAAGUGAAUUUGCAGACUUUCCAAAAGUUCGCAACUUUAAACUGCUUGACGCACUGUGUACGGACAGACGGUUUACUUAGAUUUCAACCCUCUGUAAACCGAGUCUAAGGACAGUUAAGUCUUUCAGUUAUUCCUCAAUAUCAUGUUUCGUCCUGUAACACCAUUGUCCGAAAAGGACAUGGAAGGAACAGAUGUUGAAAGCAUGGAUGAGGAGUAUGAUGAGGAGAUGGUGGAUGUUUAUCCAACACUUACUGAGGCGAAACGCCAAAGAGUGCUUGGAGGAGAGAUGGAUUCAUUCCUACCGAAUGCUGUGUUGACCUAUGACUAUGUCCCUGACAUCGGACUUGCGUUAGAGGUCGGACGCGCUGCCGGGGGUUUGGAUCCAAAUGGAGGAGGAGAGCAGAAAAUCCCAACAAUGUUGGGAUGGAGAUGUGAUGAUGGUGGAAUGGAUCUUGUCCUUCCGAAUGCAGUCCCUGACAUUGUCCCGAACAACGGACAUUUGUUAGACAGACGCGCCGGUAGUUCACAUCCACGAGGAGGAGUAAAGGAGUUUACUCCUGCAUUUGAGGAGGCGAACAGCCCCAAAGAAAAAUGCACCAAUAAAGUCUUGAAAUCAAUAAAGAAGACUUGGAAGAAUGUAAUGCACCCAUUCCUUCGUAAUGAUAAAGUGGAAACACUGAUUCCUUCAGAGCUUAAUGCGGUUUCAGCUAAUCCUAAUCUAAAGGAUGAUGCUGGUCUGGCGAGCUCGGAAUUAAACACUGAAAUGAAACCGGACAAACGAAAGGCUUUCUUUGGCUGUCCCUGGAGGGGCAAGGUGGAGUCAAUGCCGACUCCACAGCUCAAAGCAGAUCCAGCUAUCCCUGAUGUUAGGGAAGUUGUUGAUCUUGCAUCACAGUCAAAGGCCGACGUUAGUCCGAAGAAACAGAAACAAAAGGCUUCAAAAAGCCGCAAAUCUAACCUCCAGGGAGAAAAAGUGACUGUUGUGCCAACUCAACAGCCCAAGGCUAUUUCAGAUAUUCCUGUUGGCAUGGAUGUUCCUGCUCUGGCCAGCCCCCAAUCAAAAACAAAGAUUCAUCCGGAUAAAAGCAAGACAUUGAUGCAAUGCAUCCUUGGAUGCUUCGGGAGGGGCAAAGUGGAGUCAAUGCCGAUUUCACAGAUUGAAGCCGAUCCAGCUAUCCCUGAUGUUAGGGAAGUUAUUGAUCUGGCAGAUUCUCAAUCAAAGAGUGUUGGCUUAAAGAAAAACAAACAAAAGGCUUCAAAGAGCCGCUUUUUUCACAACCCUUGGAGAAAAAAAGGGAAGAGUAAAGUGAAAAAAGAUGCCGAUCCAGCUAUUCCUGAUGCCAUGGAUGGUGCGGAUCUGGCAAGUUUUGGUGGCAUCGCUGCAGCUAAUGCCAGGCUACAGCAGAUAGGUGCCGUUCCAGCCAAUAUUGGGCUAAAAGGUGGCGGAAAUCCCGACCCAAAAAAAGCUCCUGGGUCAAAAGAUGAAAAAGCUGUCAGGCCAAAAGUUUUUGGAAAUCUCAGACAUCCUUGGAUUCAUAACCCAAGUAGAACUAAAAAUCCUGGACCAAAAGAAGAUAAAAAUCCCAGGCCAAAAGCUCUUGAAAAUCCCAGAAAUCAAUGGCCAGAAGACGAUAAAGUUGUCAGGCCAAAGGAUAAAAAUGUUUUUCAACGACCUAUUCAAGCGCUAAGCGAGAUGAAAUUUGAUGAACCCUCAGAACAAGAAACUUUUCAUUAUAAAUAUCAACUCUUGGAGAAUAAAGUGCUUGGGCGGGGUGGCUGUGGCAAAGUGUGCAAAGGGAUCCGUAAAUGGGAUGGCACUCUGGUUGCCAUCAAGCGAAUACGCAAACAAAAGAAUGAAAGAACUCUUCAGAUUCCUGGAUACGCCGGACCGCUCAUUACAGAAGUGGCGCUGCUGCUUAAGUUAAAAGAUGCGCCCCACUGCCCCAAUGUCAUAGAGUUGUUUGACUUUUAUGAGACUAGACAAUUUCACAACCUCGUGUUGCAUUACCCUCUGCAAAGCAAAACCUUGAGGCGUUUUGUUACUCGUGAAAGAAAACUAAACGAAAAUACAGCAAGAAUUCUGAUGCAUCAGGCAGUAAUGGCAGUAAAACACUGUCUGGAUAAUGGAGUUUUCCAUACAGACCUCCAUGCCAGGAACUUCUUGGUACAGGAAUCAACAAUGGACCUGAAGUUAAUUGACUUUGGGCUUGGACAUCUUCUUAAAUAUAAAGGCUAUAAAUCCUGCGAAUUUAAAGGAGCUCGGUGUUGCACCCCGCCCGAGAUCCAAACAGCCAAUACAUUCCACGCCAUGCCAGCAAACGUCUGGGCAUUAGGUGCUUUGCUGCACUUCAUGGUGCUUGGAACUUACCCCUUUCCUCACAACAAGUUUUCUUUGGACAACCUGAAGAAAAAGGGUUUAUCAAAGGACAUCUGUGAUCUGUUAAGAUGGUGCCUGGCCAUGAAUCCAAGUAAUCGUCCGACCCUCAGGCAGAUCUUAGAUCAUGACUGGUUUUAGUUACUGAGUUAUUCAGAUUGGUAAACUGAGUAUGAUGAAGAAGAGCUACUCUCAUGCAAAAUGAGGGCGCUAGACACAUAACACAGACAAAGCUUAAUGACUGAAGGAGAGGGGAAUGAUGGGAGAUGCUGUUUUCACGGAUGAGGUUGUAUUUCAGCCUCAGACUUCAUGACCACAGACCGCUGGCUGAACGUCUGAUGCAGAUCCUGUCUCGUCCUUGAACAUAUUUAAUAAAAAAAAAAUUACACGUUUUAAUUAUUUUCAUUUUUAAUGUUUUUAUCUUUUAAAGUUGUAUAAUAUAGUAUCUAAUAUAUAAUUUAUCCUCUAUAGAAUCAGCUAUGCCUGGCUAAGUCUGAUUUUUAUGUGUUUUUCCUUUUUUAAUUAAUGUAAAGCUGCUUUGAAAUAAUUAAACAAUUGUGAAAAGUGCUACAGUAUAUAAAUAAAAUUGAAUUGAUUAUGGAAGACUUUCUUUAACAGAUGUUUUAAUUUGCUUUUUUACUUUUUUAUUUGAUCGAACUGAUUAACUUAGGUAUACUUAUGUACAUGUUUUUCAUAUGCAAUAUCAAACCCUUGAACUUGGUAUAAAAUCUUUGAGUUAACUUAGUAAAUCCAAUCAGACCCACUGUUAAUCCUGAUGUUGUUUUAAACCAAAUAAAUAAGU